ACGUGUGGUCUGCGGGCGGGCGGUCGGUCGGCCUCCAGUCCCUGGUCUCUGUCCUUGCUCCUGGUCCUGAUGGGUCCCAUAGGGGCGGCAGCCGAUCACUGCUAGAGGACUGCGGGCUGCAACAGCAACAGAAAGAAAAACAUUUUUGAAAACCAUGCUGGAAACAAUUGAUACCCACCGUGCCUUGCAGGCAGUAGAACGUCUGCAUGCAAAGGUUCGGGAAAGGGGGGAUGUAGCCAGUGAGGAAAAACUGGGUUUGCUGAAGUCUGUUCUUCAAAGCCCACUUUUCAGCCAGAUUCUGAAUCUCCAGAAUUCAUUGCACCAAAUGCGAGAGCCGACUAGUGUGACACCCUCUGUAUCUUCUGUAAGUGAGUUUUCUCCAUACGGAUCCAGCUCUAUUGCAACAGUGCAGAAUGAGUCCUAUGCGUUGUCUCAGCAAAAUGGAAGUCCGCUUGACUCUCCACAAAUGUCAAGAAGACCAGUAUCUCCGGAGAUCAAUGGCAAACCUGACAGUGAGGAAUUUUACCAAAUCAUCAAACAAAUGGCACAAGGUCGGCUGAUUGAAACACUGAAUCUGAUUAAACCCUCCAUUGGCAGUUUAGGGUUUAGUGUUGUGGGCCUAAAGAGUGAAAAUCGAGGGGAACUUGGAAUAUUUGUACAAGAGAUUCAAGAAGGCAGCGUGGCACAUAGGGAUGGAAGGUUAAAGGAAGCAGAUCAGAUCUUAUCCAUUAAUGGACAGCCACUUGAUCAGACCAUAACACAUCAUCAGGCUAUUGCCAUUUUGCAGAGAGCAAAAGAUCAUGUACAGCUUGCGGUUGCUAGAGGACCCCUGCCUCAGCUUGUUAGUCCUGGAGUAUCACGCUCGGCAUCCGAUGCCAGCACAUUGUCUGCCCUUUCGAGCCCGAUACACUGGCAGCAUGUGGAAACCAUAGAACUGGUGAAUGAUGGGUCAGGUCUUGGUUUUGGAAUUGUUGGAGGAAAAACAACUGGAGUUAUUGUCAAGACUAUUUUACCUGGAGGUGUAGCAGACCAGCAUGGCAGACUGCGCAGUGGAGAUCACAUCUUAAAAAUUGGUGCAACAGACCUUGCUGGGAUGAGUAGUGAACAAGUAGCACAGGUUUUGAGACAGUGUGGGAAUAGAGUGAAGCUGGUGAUUGCAAGAGGCUCGGUAGACAAUCUCUCUGCAGGAGUUUCUGCUACAGUUCAGAUGCCUCCAUCACUACCAACUCUCCCAGAAAUUCAGGUGAAUGAAGGCGUAAUUAAAUACCCAGAUGAUGAUACUUUUGAUGUGAAGCUAGCGAAAAAUGCUCAGGGUUUGGGAAUAACUAUUGCUGGAUACGUUGGUGAUAAAAGCUCAGAACCAUCUGGAAUUUUUGUGAAAAGCAUUACCAAAGGCAGUGCGGUAGAGCAUGAUGGGAGGAUCCAUGUUGGAGACCAGAUCAUAGCUGUUGAUGGUACAAAUCUUCAAGGUUAUACAAAUCAGCAAGCAGUGGAGGUUCUUCGUCACACUGGGCAAUCUGUCCAGCUAACUUUAAUCCGGAGAGUACGCAGGCAGGAAUUUGGCAUUCAGUCAAACGAGGAGACUGCCAAACCAACUGAGAAUGCAUUGCAAAGUGCAGAAGAUGGCAAAGAAAUCUCCCUGAAUAUCGAGCCAUUAAACUCAACAAUUUGUAUGAACGUAAUGCAAACUGCAACAGUCGGAAAGAGCUCACAAACAGAAGAUGAGUGUGACGUCGACAUGGAGAAUGGUGAAGCCAAAAAGAACAAGUGGCAAAGAAUUAUGGGUGGUGACUAUGAGAUUGUGGUGGCACAAGUGAGCAAGUUCAGUGAAAGUAGUGGAUUAGGCAUCAGUCUGGAAGCUUCAGGUAGUCACCAUUUCCUAAGGUCCAUAUUACCAGAAGGUCCAGUGGGUCGAAGUGGGAUGCUAUACAGUGGCGACGAACUGCUAGAAGUAAAUGACCUAUCUCUACUUGGUCAAACCCACAAAGAUGUAGUAAAUAUCCUGAAGGAAUUGCCCAUCAGUGUAACCAUGGUCUGCUGUCGUCCAGUUCAACCUCUCGAAAGUCCUUUUGAAGGAGAAGACCAAUGUAUAUCUGAAAAUGAUAUUGACCUGAUCGAAAAGGAUCAGGACCUGUCUGGUGCUACAUCUACGGCUCUCUGGAAUAGUCAAGAUCCAAUAUUGCCUUUAUCUCACAGCCUUGAUAAUGAUUUACAGGGUCAUAUUGACUUUGGAACAGUUGGUUCCUCGGAGACUGAUGACUUUAACAUGUCCAUGGGAGAUGAUAGCCCUUGUACGGAGGAUUUGCAAGGAUCUCCUCUGGCAAUGUGGGAAACUGAUGUACAGUACAUAGAACUAGAAAAGGGAUCUCUUGGGCUUGGUUUCAGUAUUUUAGAUUACCAGGAUCCCAUUGACCCGGCAAGCACUGUGAUAGUAAUCCGGUCUCUAGUUCCUGGAGGUGUUGCUGAGCAAGAUGGCAGGCUUCUUCCUGGAGACCGUCUCAUGUUUGUCAAUGAUAUUAAUCUGGAGCAUGCUAGUCUGGAGGAGGCAGUUCAAGCCUUGAAAGGAGUGACAGCAGGAAAAGUUACCAUCGGGGUGGCAAAGCCUUUACCUCUGUCACCAGAAGAGGGCUAUAUUUCUACUAAGGACGACUCUCUUUUCUACACUGCCCAAUCAUAUGAUGAGGAUGUACCCACUGAUGCUCCCCUUUUCCAUGCUGAGCUAGCUCUGGUGGAAACGUCAGAAACUGACCUAAUGGGUGAUUCUGCCAUGGAAUCCAGAUUUCAUCUAGAAGAUAAUUCUUUUCAGGUUUCUAUGUUAGCUCUACAUGGAAGUGCUUGUAAUAAAGAUCUUAGUGACGAGCUAUCUGUGUCCACUCCCCAGAGUGGAUCAGAAGCAACAAUUGGAGAGGACUCCUUCCACUCAAUAUCAGAAUUAAAUGCAGAAAAGUUCAACUUUCACAAACAGUUGCCUGCAGAGGAACUUUGGGCAACUUCAACUCCUGUGUUGGAUUUUAAAAUGCCUUCCAUGGAUUUCUACAAGCAAAAUCACAGCCAGGAUGAGAUUGGGCCAGUGGAAAAUCCUAGCUGUGUUUCUGCUGAGCUUCCUAAAAGUUUGGAUAUAGGAAUGUAUGAAGAGCAAAAUGAAUGUGCAGCUUCAUCCUGGGUGAAACGGAAGACUGAUUUUGUGGAAACAACUGAAAAGUAUCCUAGUUCUUUCUUAAAGGUUGAUGGAUAUUCUUCUGGAAAACAGUAUUUGGAAAAAAGUAAGGAUUGUGCUUCCAAAGCUUUAAUUAAAAACAGACUUGAGAAAACCAUUACUGUAACCAGAGGCAACUGCAGUCUAGGUAUGACUGUGAGUGCCAGUAAAGAUGGCUUGGGAAUGAUUGUCCGCAGUGUAAUUAAUGGAGGCGCCAUUAGCCAUGAUGGCCGAAUCAACGUGGGAGAUUGCAUCUUGUCCAUUAAUAAUGAGUCCGCUGCAAACUUAACCAAUACGCAAGCACGGGCAAUGUUAAGAAGACAUUCCUUGCUUGGACCUGAUAUAAGAUCUUCUCCAGCACCCGCUGAUGAUCAGGCCCCCUUUUAUGUCAUUUCAUAUGUGCCAUGUGAGAAUUUUGAGGAGUAUAAAACGUGCGCUGGUCAGCAGAGCGAGUUAACUGCACACAAUGUUAGUGAAGGCCCUGAACUUCCGGAACGUGAAGAAGGAGAGGGAGAGGAAAGUGAAUUGGAAAAUGCUGCUUUCAGUAACUGGAACAAUCCUAGAAGGGUUGAGCUCUGGAGAGAACCUGGCAAAUCUCUGGGGAUAAGUAUUGUUGGCGGCAGAGGAAUGGGAAGCCGUUUAAGCAAUGGUGAAGUCAUGAGAGGGAUCUUUAUUAAACACAUUCUAGAAGAUAGUCCUGCUGGGAAAAACGGAACUCUGAAAACCGGAGACAGGAUUGUGGAGGUGGAUGGCACAGAUUUGAGAGAUGCCAGUCAUGAACAAGCUGUGGAAGCCAUAAGGAAAGCAGGGAACCCCGUUAUCUUUUUGGUUCAGAGUAUUAUCAACAGACCAAGGCCUGAAUCUCUGUAUUGCUCUCCGUCUGCCUCUGCUUUUAGAGGGCACCCACCUACUAACCCAUUUUCUCAUCACACUGUCAAGAAAGAUACCUUGCCCUUGCAGAGCACGUUUGGUACUAAACCUCUCUUCAGGUGCACUAACCCAUUUGCUGGUCCUUCUCAGUUCAGCACUAACAAGGACACAAUGAAUCCGGUUAGAAUUGCCUUCCGUUGUUCCCCAACUAACCCCUUUGCUCCCACACCAUUUAAGGCUUCAAGUAAUUCCGAUUCAGACACAGAAAAGCCUGCUUUCACUAGCUCUGUUUCUGCUCCUUCUACAUUUCUUCCACUGAGCUCUGAAAGUACUCAGAUGGCAUCCAGCAUGACUGUGGAAGACCCAGAGAAAGAAGAUGAGUUUGGCUAUAGUUGGCGAAAGAUAUCGCAGCGGUAUGGAAACCUGCCAGGAGUGUUGCAUAUGAUAGAGUUGGAGAAAGGCAAAACUGGAUUGGGUCUGAGCCUUGCUGGAAACAAAGACCGAUCACGAAUGAGCGUUUUCAUAGUGGGGAUUGAUCCAAAAGGAGCAGCUGGCAAAGAUGGCCGUUUGCAGAUUGCCGAUGAGCUAUUAGAGAUUAAUGGGCAAAUCCUAUACGGAAGAAGUCAUCAGAAUGCCUCAUCGAUUAUUAAAUGUGCACCAUCAAAGGUGAAGAUUAUUUUUCUAAGGAAUAAAGAUGCUGUGAACCAGAUGGCUGUUUGCCCUGUGAAAAUGACAGAACCAGGCGCUUCCGGUUCUCCAGAAUUCCCAAGUCAAGAGAUGGAAAAGGAAACGGUUUUAAGCCAAGUGCCUCCUGUGAACAUUGGUUCCUUUAAAAAUGUCCUCCAAGUGGAAUUGCCCAAGGAUCAAGGUGGCUUGGGUAUUGCAAUCAGUGAAGAAGACACACUUAAUGGGGUAGUUAUUAAAAGCUUAACAGAUCAUGGUGCAGCAGCAAAGGAUGGACGCAUCCAGGUGGGGGAUCGUAUUUUGGCUGUUGAUGAUGAAUCUGUGGUUGGUGACCCUAUAGAUAAGGUUAUUUCACUUCUAAAGAAGGCAAAAAAUACUGUGACGCUGACAAUAUGUACAGAUGAUCGUGACGUGCAACAACUGCUCCCUAUAUCAUCAACAGCUUUGACUACCAACACUGUAGAGAAAAAAAAUGGUCAACAACAAUGUUCAUCUCAACUCAACCACUCAGAGCCUGAGCAAGUUCGAAGUGCAAGCAGAUCCUCCACUCCAGCCACAUUUCCCUCUGACCCAGCCAUGUGCCCAAUCAUCCCAGGAUGUGAAACAACCAUUGAAAUAUCAAAAGGUCGCACAGGUCUUGGACUCAGCAUUGUGGGGGGUGCCGACACUCUUUUGGGAGCCAUUAUCAUUCAUGAAGUCUAUGAAGAAGGUGCUGCUUCCAAAGAUGGUAGAUUGUGGGCUGGAGAUCAAAUCUUAGAGGUAAAUGGUAUUGAUUUAAAGAAUGCCACACACGAUGAAGCAAUAAAUGUACUCAGACAGACCCCACAAAAAGUCCGACUUAGUGUAUACAGGGAUGAAGCUCAGUACAAGGAGGAAGACAUGUACGAUAUUCUUAUUGUGGAACUCCAGAAAAAGCCUGGGAAAGGCCUUGGAUUAAGCAUUGUAGGAAAAAGAAAUGACACUGGAGUAUUUGUAUCGGACAUCGUUAAAGGGGGCAUUGCUGAGACUGAUGGCAGGCUGAUGCAAGGAGACCAAAUAUUAACAGUAAAUGGAGAAGAUGUUAGAAAUGCCACCCAAGAAGCUGUUGCUGCCCUGUUAAAGUGUUCUCUAGGUACAGUGAAGCUAGAAGUUGGAAGGAUAAAGGCUGGCCCUUUCCAUUCAGAGAGGAGGACAUCACAGGGCAGUCAAGUUAGUGAUGGGAGCAGUAAUCUGACUUCAUUUAGUUUCCCAGCAUCUGGACCGUCACAAACUGAUCCAUUGGAUAGUGCAUCCAAGAAGAAUGAAUCCACUGAAAUUCAAGGCCUAAGAACUGUGGAAAUCAAAAAGGGACCGUCAGACUCUUUGGGAGUCAGCAUUGCUGGGGGAAUCGGGAGCCCCCUUGGCGACGUACCAAUAUUUAUUGCCAUGAUGCAUGCAAAUGGACUUGUUGCACAAACUCAAAGACUUCGGGUCGGUGACAGGAUUGUUAGUAUAUGUGGCACAUCAACUGAAGGAAUGACUAAUCCGCAGGCUGUCAGUCUCCUAAAAAAUGCUACAGGCGCUAUUGAGCUUCAAGUUGUGGCUGGCGGGGAUGUGAGUGUGGUAACUGGUCAGCAGCAAGAACACGUUGGAUCUACCGCCAGCUUUUCUGGACUUACCUCCAGCAGUAUAUUGCAAGAUGAUCUGGGACCACCUCAAUACAACACCAUUACCCUUGAAAGAGGACCAGAUGGUCUUGGUUUCAGUAUUGUAGGAGGUUUUGGAAGUCCUCAUGGUGAUCUGCCUAUAUAUGUCAAGACUGUGUUUACUAAGGGGGCAGCAUCAGAAGAUGGGCGCUUGAACCGAGGAGAUCAAAUCAUUGCUGUGAAUGGGCAGAGCUUAGAAGGGGUAACUCACGAGGAAGCUGUUGCCAUUCUCAAGAGAACAAAAGGAACAGUUACCCUGACAGUUCUUUCUUGACUUAUUUAAUGCUUCUUGCCUCCAUAAAUUCAUUUUUUCAGUGGUCCUAUCUUACCAACAACUUUCUAUGUAUAUAAAAGAAAAGAGUAUAUGUUCAAAGAUAGUUGGGUGUCAAGUAGACUCUUAAUUGGUCUAAAAUGAUGUAUUCUAGCUGCUAUAUUUGAACCUGACUGGUGUAUAUUUUAGAGGAAAAUUACUAUUUUAAUAUGUUUUAACUACUACAGAUUUGUCUUUUUAUUGUAGUCAGUCUUGUAUUAAAGUUUUUGCAGUGCAGCAUUUUUCGAGUUGGCCAAAGAAAGUCCAUUUCAGUAUUGCAGUAUUAAUGUGUAAAUGAAGGCGCAUUUGACAGUGGCUCAGAAGCUUUUGUUGGACUACAAAUCCCUUGAUGCUUAGCUAACAAGAGGCAGACUAUUGCUUUAUCUAAUUAGGUGUUUCAGCACAACUAGAUGAGAAAAGGCUUGUACAUGGCUUGCUCUCCAAGAUUAUAAAUCUUAAAUGUUAAAGAAUAUUGUAUUCAGUGAUGGUUUUAUUUUGCUUUUGUUGUAUACUGUAGUUUUUGUCCCACACAUGUGAAAACAGAAGUGUUCAGACCUUAAUAUACUGACAGUCCACUCAUCAUUCUUGUAACCUCUUACCAUAUCUUCUCGGGAAGUCCAUGACCUCUCCAAAGUCUAAUAAAAAGACAGAUUGUUUUAAUAAUACAUAAGAUGAGCAAACGGUCAGGUAGCAAAAAAGAGAUGCAUGCAAGGAAAUAUUAUGAAUUAGGGUUGUUCACACAUUCCCUGGUUACAUAAAACUGCUUUUAUUUAAAAUAUCAGUAUUAAGCCAUGAAAGAUUACAAAUCCGUUGUCAAGCUUAAAUAGCAAUGUGUAUGGAAUUGUUCAGUUUGGAAUUUCAAUGUAUUUUAUGUUAACAUCAAUAUCACGUUCUACCUGAAUACUAUAUGAUUGUAGACAAUAUUGUGUAUUGUUUGUAACAAAGUUUCAGAUUAUUUGUAUACAUUUUGAAGAAGUUUUUCCAAUAAAAUUCCGUAUUAGCUUGAUUGUUUUAGAACAUGAAGAGCAAGAUUACUUUUGUUUGUGUUUUCUCAACAAUUACAUUUUUAGACAAAACGCGAAUUUCAUAUGUGUAUAAAGUAUGUUUCUUAGGUUGAACAAU